AUGCAGAGGUUUCCUAUCCCGACGCCUACUUGGGCUGAAUACAAACAGAAUCAAGAAUACUUUGAUCGUUUAUACCAAGGGCUCAGGGGUUCCUGGUAUAACUACAACACUGCUGUCCCCGGCUUCGUUGAGUUGCCAGGACAUUGUAUGCCCCAACUCCCGGCUGUCAAUCAAGCAUCGUCGUCUCAGGCGGCCCCAAAUCCCAAUAGCACCACUAUGCACUGCGACAAGCAUCUUGGCAAGGACUGCAACAACGCCUGUUGUAAGCCCAAGCCCAAGCCCAAGCCCAGUGCACGAGGCCGCCGUGUAACAAUUGCCACUGCCAGUGAUGAAGAGAAUGGCGUUGUCACAGACACCGAAGGCAACAUCACGGACAGUUCCAAACCUGUCGUCAAGGGCAAGAUGACUACUAAUGCAAAGGGAAAGGAAAAGGCAGUCCAGACUGAGUCAGAGAACGAAUCGUCUGUUGCUCAGGCUGAUGAUGAUGCCUCGACUGACGCUGAGACGUCGGUCCUUUCAUCCGUCGCCUGCCUCAAGGACCCCAAGUGGUCUCUUUCAGAGGACUGCCGCCUUCGCAGCAUGAAGGAGGCCGGCGAGACCUGGGCUUUCAUCUCAAGCUCUCUUUGCAAGACAAAGGACGAUGUCCGAGCUCGCUGGAAGAUACUCCAGAGCCAGUUGCGUCCCAAAGAAACUGUCGACACUGACACUGACAAUGCCGCUGAGGAGGAGUCUGUCGAUGACAGUACCGAUGAGGACGGUGAAAACAAUGAAGAGUCUGAUGCGGAUGACGAGGUCUCUGAUAACGAUGAAGAUUCUGAUGCGGACGACGAGGAUUCCGAGGAUUCCGAUGAUGACGAGGAAUCUGAUGAGGACGACAACGACUCUGACGAUGAUGAUGAAGAGUCCGACGAGUCUGACGAAGACUCUGAUGUUGACACCAACAAGAUUUCUAAGUCCACUGUCAACAAUAAGUGGCAUACAGGUGUGCGUAACCUCAAGGUUGCCAGGGAAAAUCAAGGGGCCAAGGCUCGCGCCCGGGCCAAGGCAUCUGGGAGGGAGGGCUCAUCUGCGGGUGAAGCCAACGAGAACGAUGGGUAUUCGUCGCUCUCCCGAGGCGACGCAAAGCAGAUGAAGCAUAUGAAGGAACACGUCUACGGGGCCAUGUACCCUCCUCAUUUCCACCCACAGUCUAAUGCCUACUUGGUCAAACGAGACUGCGCCCUCCUCGCUACCAUUGACAGCAAGUAUAAGCGAUCUCGCUGGCUCGAAAUGCAGGCCAAUUUCUACAACGUCACAGGACAAAUGGUCCCUCUUGUAUCCUUCAAGGCCAGAUGCGAGCGCGCCGAGGCCGAGAAGACGGAGCGCUCCAAGACCCGCGAACUCGAAAAACGCAUGAAUAAGGUUGAGGACUGGAUUGCGAAGCAGGAACGUGAGCAGUCAGCCGACUCUGAGGACGCUGAUGAGUCAGAGGACUCUGACGAUUCUGAGGACGCUGAAGAUUCCGACGACUCGGAUGAGUGA